CAUCUUUUAAGGAAGUAUCAUUUUAAAUCUCCAGAAUAGUAAAAUAUCGAUGCCUAUAAGACACAUAAACCAACGUUCUUUGGGGUCCUCGAUAAUAAAGGGCCCUUCAUGGACUGCCCUUACGGUGUCUGAUUUCAGCAGCGACUGAGGGAGCGGCCACAGCUCUAGGAACCACCGCAAAAGCUUUUCCUCGACACCUUUUUCCUGCUUUCAUUCAGGACAAGCUUCCCUCGGGGGGAGUCAGCGGACUCCCGGGAGAGGCCGAGUUAAUGACCCCGGAUGCGCGCAGGCGGAAGAAAAGGCGAAACAUGUGCCCCGUGGAGCUUUUUGGCUCGUCUCCCGCUCCGUAGUCCGCGCGCCCUACUACGGCUGCGCGCUGUCAGUCUAUAAAAGCGGCGGCGCCUGCGGCAGCCUGUAGUAGUCUUUCCCUUCUCUCUGCCUCGGCUUCCCCUUUUCCACUCUGCCUGGAGUCUCCGAAACCGUCGCCGCGGCCGCCGUCAAGAUGGCGUCCACUAGCCGAUUGGAUGUACUUCCAAGAGUUACAUGUCCAAACCACCCAGAUGCUAUUUUGGUGGAAGACUAUAGAGCUGGGGACAUGAUAUGUCCUGAAUGUGGACUGGUUGUUGGCGAUCGUGUUAUAGACGUGGGAUCUGAAUGGAGAACAUUCAGCAAUGACAAAGCUACCAAAGACCCAUCUCGGGUUGGAGACUCUCAGAAUCCUCUCCUGAGUGAUGGAGACUUGACAACAAUGAUUGGCAAGGGUACUGGAGCAGCAAGCUUUGAUGAAUUUGGAAAUUCAAAGUAUCAAAAUCGCAGAACAAUGAGCAGUUCUGAUCGUGCAAUGAUGAAUGCUUUCAAAGAAAUUACUACUAUGGCAGACAGAAUCAACCUCCCUCGAAAUAUAGUUGAUCGAACAAAUAAUUUAUUCAAGCAAGUAUAUGAACAGAAGAGCCUGAAGGGGAGAGCUAAUGAUGCCAUAGCUUCUGCUUGUCUCUAUAUUGCCUGUAGACAAGAGGGUGUUCCUAGAACAUUUAAAGAAAUAUGUGCCGUAUCACGGAUUUCCAAGAAAGAAAUAGGCCGGUGUUUUAAGCUAAUUUUGAAGGCUUUAGAAACCAGUGUGGAUUUGAUCACAACAGGGGAUUUCAUGUCUAGGUUUUGUUCAAACCUUGGUCUUCCUAAACAAGUACAGAUGGCAGCUACACAUAUUGCCCGGAAAGCUGUGGAGCUGGACCUGGUACCCGGCAGAAGCCCCAUUUCUGUGGCUGCUGCAGCGAUUUAUAUGGCUUCCCAAGCUUCUGCAGAGAAAAGGACUCAGAAAGAAAUUGGAGACAUUGCUGGAGUUGCUGAUGUUACAAUCCGGCAGUCUUACAGACUCAUCUAUCCUCGAGCCCCAGAUCUGUUUCCUGCAGACUUCAAAUUCGACACCCCUGUGGACAAACUACCCCAACUGUAAAUCGCUACAUGUAUGUUAAGCUUUCAUGAACAGUGAACUUGCCUAUUGUAAGAACUGUAUAAAGUGCUGAGAUUGAGCCUUCCUAAUGUGAGGUUGGAGAAACAAGCGUGAAGAUGCAGCAGUAUGAAACAUAAUGCACAUUCCAAGGCAAAACAAAAUAAUUGUGUGGCAUUUUGUAUGUAUAUAUUAGUGAAAGUAAAUAUUUAAUGACAGUUAAGAUUAAUUUCUUAUUGUAUUUCAUUUCUUUUGUAGCAUUCUAGUAAAUUGUAUUUUGGAAGAUAUUUGAAAUUAUGUAAUUCCUGAAUAAAUUGUUUUCCAAAAAUAACUUCUUGUUCCACAAAUUAUGUAUUUCAUUGUGAAUAAUAAAGCGAGUCUGAAACAGGA